AUGUCGCAAUCCCCACAGCAAAAGGAUGCUCUUUGCUAUGCUUGUGCAUUGCGGAUGUCUAUCUUACAUCAAGUUCCCCCACCUCUUCCAGUAACGCAGUUACGUUCCGUUCUUUGCAACGCUGCUGAGAGGGCGUGUGGGAAUGAGAAGGAGCCACUAGUGGAUGAGAUGUAUCAUCCACAGUUUUCUAUUAUUUAUGAGACAUAUGAGAGUAGUUCACGAUUUUUGGAUACAAUCAUUGAUGCUGAGGGAGGUGCUAUUGGAUGUCAUCAAAUACAAUCUCUCUGUUGUGCAUGCUUAGGGCUUUAUCAGUUUUUGGAUUAUGUAUAUGCUCCAUCUGUGGCUGCGGCGGUUCGUACUAGUCCUUAUAUGGAUUCAGAGCGUAUUUCAGUAAAUGUAAAUGUACACCGGAGUAUUUCUUUUCUUUGGUUAUCUAUGGCUACUAUAUUUUACGGUGUUGCUGGACGAGAGAAUGAGCGACCGCGGCCUUCAUCUGUUAUUCCAGAAGAACACUGUAAUUUUAAGGAAUUUUUUAUGAGUGACUUUAGAGCCCGUGUUCUACAGUAUACUAUGUUUUCUCACCAAGAACUGAGUGAGAGAAGUAGUACACCUGUAGGGUAUCAAACCUAUCUACGUGAAAUUAAACGUUAUGCUGAAAAAGAUACUACCAUUCCUCAACCUCGCACAAUUCAGGCAUUUAGUUAUAGUCCAGAUAAUGAAGGUGUUAUUGUGGAUGUAAGCGCAGAACAUCAUCGAGUAAAGAAUCUUGCAGGAGGGGAUCAAGUACCUAUACAGUACUGUAGUAAUCGUUCAGAUGGGGUAAUGACCUAUAGUGUUAUUUAUGAUUAUGUAGAACCUUAUCUAAAAAUGACUGGAUGGUGGCGAUCAGAUGGGAAAGAUACAGAGAUAACACAAAAUAAACGUUUUAAUAUACAGGGAACUGCCAUAUUAUCCUGUACUUUACAACACUCAAAUAUAAUGCUUAUUGGUAAUUAUUGUAAAAUGAGACGAGAUCUCUCUCAGUCACCAUGGUUUACCGAUGGUAAACGUAUUGGUACAUUUUCUUUACAAGAGAUUAUUGCCAAUCCUAUACUUGGUUUUUUCUUUCCUGAAGGUGUUACAUCAGUGGGAUGGAAAAGUGAAAUGAAUCAAAGUGGAUUACAAGCUGAGAAACGAUCGAAAUAUGAAAAAACAGAUGCACAUGCAAAGUCUCUAAAUGAAGAUAAACUCAUCCCACAUAAAAUGGCAGCUCAACACGUUUUUGGAUACGGACGCUAUAAAUUUCACAGUGCUGGCCGUGAAGAUGUAGAUGUGCGUAUGCUUGGGACUGGAAGACCUUUUGUACUUGAGAUCAUUUCACCAAGUAGACAACAAGUGACCUCACAAGAUUUAGCCGACUUCACAGAAGCCGUAAAUAAAAGUGAAGGAGGAAGUGUAGAGAUAUCUGAAUUACGACUCACAGAUGCGGAUAUUACUGUACGACUCGCACGUCAUUCACAAAGUAAAGUGAAACGGUAUCGUUGUAUUGUAUGGUGUAGUCGGGCUAUUUUAGAUCCUAAUAAUGAUAAACAUUUUCAAGAGACGAAUAAAGUGCAAGAUCUCAGUAUUGCCCAACGCACACCUAUCCGUGUAUUACACAGACGAUCUAUGCAAACUCGACCUCGAAUGAUUCAUUCUAUUCAACUCACACCUCUGAAUCCUCAUUGGUUUAUAAUGGAUUUAGAGACACAAGCUGGUACUUAUGUGAAGGAGUUUGUACACGGUGAUUUGGGAAGGACAACACCCCAUUUGGGUAUGCUGUUAAAUGGAAGAACUGAUAUCAUUCAGUUGGAUGUGUUGGGGAUGGCGAUGGAAAAUUUAUAG